GGCAGCAGAGCACAUAAAAGUUAUGCAUGCAGAUACUGCCCUCGAAUUCAAGGACGAACGCUAUGCAGAAAUGCAGAACAACCUUGCAUUUUUACACUUCAAUUACAUCGAGACGCGUUUUUCUAAAGCCAUGGCGGAGUUAUUCGAUCAAUCGCACCACCCAGUUCUCAAAAUAUGCGAGCCGAGUGACUACACAGUCCUUAAGGGUGAGAAGGAGCGCAGCAAUUUGUACGUUUUGGGUAAGGGCAUGGACCACAAUGGUCACGCCAGUACUAUCUACAAGAAGCAAGUUACAGAGAAGUCAAACGAAUUCUGCCAGAAACAAGUGUCAUGGGUUGAGCAUGUUGAUAAGGACCUAAUUUGUACUCUGGGCCCUAGUCUUUGCCAGGACGACGAAGGAUCACCUUUGGUACUGGAGAAGAGUGUCAACGGAAAAACAGAGUUAUGUCUCUACGGAAUCUCAACUUUUGCAAUAACCAACAGUCAAAAUCCACCGGGAGUCAAAGACCAAAACAAAGAAGCCAAAUGCAGCGACAACUACUUACAGUAUUAUACAAACGCCGUGCACGUAAAUUAUUCUGCUCAUGGUUGUGAAGGGUAUUACAGAUGGAGAAGGUUUGAAGUACAUGACUGAUCAAAAAAUUGAAAAAUUAAGCAAUGACAGUUGAAUCUCUUUAUUUCUGCUCAAUGUUAACUCAUAAAUUAUU